AUGAAAGAUGAGCGUCAACCGAGAGCUAAGCGGGCUAAAAACAAACAUAAUGAGCAGAACCGCAGCCAGUUGACGCCGGAGGAAGAGGAAGAGCCGGAGAUAGAAGACACGGUACAGAUCUUGGAGCAUUUCGUGGAUAUUAUUCCUCUCUCCGAAUCAGCAGGCGCCGCCCCCGAUAUCCUCAAUUCAUACUGGGAGACCCAGGAUCCGCAGAGAUACGACCAAAAGCUUGCAUUAAUCCGAGAUGUGGUCCGCGCCCUGCCAGAAUGGGAUAUCAUCCAACUCCUCUACGAGGUCUUUGUCACGCGUUGCCAGGGACCUUUGGGAAAUGUGGUGCACACCCCAAGCUUCAUGACACAAGCCGAUCAACUGCGCCACUGUUUGGAUAUGGCUUCCCCCGAUACGGCCAUCGCUAGUACGAUAUCUAUGGACUCUCUUGCUGGUUUGCUUCUCGCGCUCGUGCUUGGACUCGAAUUUCAUCCAACUCCGUCCAUUUUGGGUGUCCAGCUUACUCCGUUGACUUUCUCCGUGGAGCAACUCCGUGCGUCGAAUGAGCCUAUAUCGACAUGGCGGUCCCUCGGUGUGCGCUGUCUCCAGGGAGGUAUUUCCCUCUUUUGUGGCUCUAUCUCCAGCUUACAAGCGGUCAUAAUGAUCCUGCUGGAUACAAAAGCGAGCCCGUUGGAGCUUGAUGCCAUCUUGGCUACCGCCAUUUCGGGUGCGCGCAAACUUGAAUUGCAUCGCUUGGGCAAUGUCACUUUGGAUGCCUCCUUAGGUUAUAGCUCGGCGACCGCUGAGCCACCUCACAUUCGCACGGAGAUUGCGAUUCGAAUUUGGUGGGCUCUUGUCAUGAGAGACUGGUCGCGCGGACAGGCUCUGGGCUACUAUACUAUCCAACCCUCACAAUCUAAUACCCGGAUGCCGCUUCACCUUAAUGAUGACGAUCUACUUAGGACACAUGGCAAGAUUCCUGAGCGCCCUCGGUCUGAGUUUACCAUGCUGUCAUACACAGUACACGCUUUAGAAAUUUCAAUCAUUGUGCGGGAAUUAGUUGAUCUCAGGGACACCGCAAACGAAGCUAGUCAGCGGCGUCAGCACCUCAAUCAAAAAUACGAAAAAUACGUGGCAAGUUUGCCGUCCUACUUUAGAUUGGGAAGCACUGCCGGACUCACAGCCAUGGGUCCCUUGGCUGCUAUCCCAGUUCAACGAUUCAUGUUGCAUCAACAGCUGUGGAGUCUACUCCUCCGCCUACAUCGCGGUACUCUCUCCUCUCCCAUGGGGCGCGCAUCUUGCCAUCAGCUGGCUCAUAACAUUAUCAACACACAAGCUCAGAUCCAAGCCCGUUGCACAGUUUGUGGCUCACUAUCCACCAACGAAACCCAACUCUUCAACGCGACCGUUGUGCUGGUUUUGGGGCAACUGUUUGAUUCUCCGUCGACCGAGGCCGAGCGCUCGAGUGCCCAACUCGGUCGCUUAAUGACGCGAGACCAUAUCCGUGAGGCUAUUGAACUGUUGCGUACCGAAGUCUCACCGAAGCGACCCUAUGGAGACGCUAUCUCCCAACAAUUGCCGCAAAACUCGGUGUCGCGCAGUGUUAUGACCCUCGAGGCAUUGAUGAAGUUAGAAGAGGAUUUAGGUGAUGGUACGAACCGUCAUGCGGGAUCGAACCAGAAGCGUCCCAUCCACCGCCAGGUUGUAGAGAUCUUGAAGACAUUGAACGAUCCAGCCACUCCUGCUGAUUCACCCGUUCUAAGAUCAUCGACUCCUAGGGACACCCCUUUGACUCACUUCAUGCCUGGCCCCGAUCUAGAUGUGAUGCCCAUUCUGUCUAAUGGGAUGAGUCCUAAUAUGUGGGACUUCUUGGACUUCCAGAUACCAGAAGACGUAGGCAAAGAGAAGUUCUCGCCUAUGGCCCAUGAAUCCCCAUCACCUCUAGGGAGUGGACCCACGUUGGAUCCUGCAACAACCCCUUCGAGUGCUGACGUCUUUGCGGCUGCUGAUCUUCACAACGUGAUGGGAAAUGAGAGCCUUCCUUCCUGGUGA